AUUUUGUAGUGACUGACACUUUCCAUCAAUUCUAUGAAGAAAUCAAGAAAUCCACAGAAAAUGAGCAGCAAAAUCAGGAGAUGAAAAAUAAAUCACAUGAUAAAAAUUUGGAAUUUUUCGGCAGGGAUAUGAAUUAGUGCGUAGCCGCGUAGGAGCUACUAAUUUUCAAGCAAUAUGUCCAUAAUUUGUGACAAGUGACAACUAUAAGAACUGCAUUUAACUUGAAGUUGCGUUGUUCAGAUAAAAGAUGGAAAAUGAAGAACAGAAUAAAGAUAUUGCAACUAAAAUUGCUGGAGACAAGUAUAGGUCUAUCUUAACUGAGGAAGCAGAAAAUAAGGACAUCCAUUGGAGACAUGGUGGUCCUCCUAUAUUUGAUGCUGUUAAUAAGCUCUUUGAAGAAGGAAGAACAAAGGAAUGGCCAAAAGGAUCACUGGAAGAGGCAGUUCAAAAUGCAAUCAAGUCAUGGGAAAUGGAGCUUUCCCAUAAAACCCACUUGCGAGACUUCAAAACUAUUAGUCCUGACAAGUUCAAGCUCUUUGUCAAUGGAAGAGAAGGAUUAACAGGGGAAGAAGUGUUAAAGCUUGGGAGCUACAAUGCCUUGUUGAAGACUUCACUACCAGAAGAAUAUCAGCCAUAUUACAAUGCAGAAGAAGAGAGUUUCGAAUCGUCACACGACGCAUUUCAAUCAGCGUUUCCUCGAGGAUUUGCGUGGGAAGUAAUCUCUGUGUAUUCAGGACCUCCUGUUAUUGCUUUCAAGUUUAGACACUGGGGUUACUUUGAAGGCCCUUAUAAAGACCAUGCUCCUACCGGAGAAAUGGUCCAGUUUUUUGGCCUCGGUAUUCUUAAGGUGGAUGAAUCGAUGAGAGUAGAGGAGGUUGAGAUCUAUUAUGAUCCUGGAGAGCUGUUUGCUGGCCUUUUAAAGGGUACCCGUCAUCAGGAUACUGCUGGUACUAAAUCUGUGGAUCCUAAGAAUACACUGAAAUGCCCAUUAACUAAAAUGGCAAAGAAUGGCUAGACAUCUACUUGUUAGAUUUCUAAAGUUGAAGUAGAGGAUUUAGACAAUUAGACUCAUUGAAGAAGAGAUACAAUUAAGUGGAGGAAACCCGGCCUCUUCUUCAGGUUGUCUCUCGAGCUUCGCCAUUCCCCUCCUCUAUCGGGGGAUACCAUGAAUGUUCUUGUUCAUGGUAAGCCUAUUUUUUCUCUUUUAUUUUUAGUUUGUUUUCUUGUUUUCUUUUUCUUGUUAUGAGAGUUUUUUUUUCUUCUUUCUUGUGGAGGUUAAUAUCUUAUCCUCGUCUGUAGGAGUUGUAAGUAUCGUCGGUGGUGUUUUUAGACUUUUUAGUCUGUGGAACUUGGAGUUUUAAUUUGAAUAUUGUAUUUAUUGUUUUAAGAUCAAGAAUGUCAAUUCCGAUUGCAAUUUA